CAUUACUCUGCAACGUUUUCGUAUUUAACAGUGCCUUCAAUUCGCCUUUAAACAGCAGUGAGGCAGGGUAUUUUAGAAGUAUCAUUCGGCACGCGUUUCGCAAGCAACUAGAGCAUGAACGUACCCAUCGCUUUGGGUGCCCGUGUUGUCUUUUUAAUGUGCCCCUUCGUCCCCCCCACGCGCACUGCUCUGAAGCCAAGUUAACUUUUCAUAUCGGCACCUUAUUCAGUCGUUCUUCUGUCUUGAUUCGUAUUUGCGGGUUUGAGUCUCUCUUGUUUGUGGUAAGCCGUUGUGGCCUCCAGUAUGUAUUUUAAGGCUCUGCUUGUCUUCAGGGUGGGGAGCCGUGCUAGGGGCCCCUGGGGCUCCUUAAGGGGCUCCUGGGUAAAUUUAAAGAGACAGUAUCGGCAUUCACGCAGCGACACAACGCACCCGGGGGCCAGAUGCAGUAGGCUACAACUAGAUCCUGCUAAAGCUAGUGGUCAAAAUAGGACAGGAAGGAUUUUAAAAAACAGGGAACCGAUUGUGUAAUUGAAUGCAUAACGAUUAAAACUACACAUUCUGUCGUCUUCGUGGUAUGAGGGUUGGGGUAUUCAUGCUUGUUGCAUUACUGAUUAAACAUUGAAUGCCCUCAGAAUUUCUGAAACAUUUUUGUAAAAAUGCACAUUGCUUGGUAUGCUUGGUUUAAUCAAUGUAGUUUCUCCAAACCUUGUCUUUGGAAAUAUCAAGAACUCAUGGUCAGUUUUUAGGUUUAUAUCAUGUUACCAACAAGGAACUGGUAGUAUGUCUUCAUUUGUGAUCUAGGCCAAACAUAAAAUGGCUAUUGGCUAUACGUCCCUUCUGUCCCCGACGCAGUUUUAUCGAGCUAGUAUUAUUUUCAUAUUCUAUCAUUACAAUGUAAAAUAAAAUGAAAGCAUAGUAAUUAUUCAUAAUUAAUUUCAUGUGAUGUAUUUUGAAAUUAUUAUUAUUAUUAUUGGUAAAAUAAACAACAAAUAGAUUACUCGGCAAAGGUAUACUGCUUUAAGAGGAUUGUAUCUGUCCACGCGACGCAGUUUACACACUAGCAUUAAGGUCCCACAUCCUGGUACUUUUCACCGUUGUCAAGGCAGCUAAAGGGAGAAAGGCUGGCUCGCGGAAAGUAGCUGCAGUGUCCUGACAGAAUAUCUGUCCAAACGUUAAACAAACUGUCCCGGAAAGUUAGGUGUAACUACCAGGCCUUUACUCUACCUGCGUAAAAGCAAAGAUGCGGGAGGCGUUUACCCUGGAGAGCAACUGACCCCCAACAUCACAGAGGAUGCUGCUGAAAUGCCUGAGGUUGUUAAUGAUAUCAAGUCCAGGAUUACUUUGGACUAAGAACAGAGGGAUGCAUGAAGACAUGCCUGUGAAUCCAUGGUGAAAAACCAAGACAGAAAGCCCAAGAAGCCAACAUGCCAUCCAGUAACGAGAGGGGAGGGGCUGGAAGCCCACGCUCUCAGCGCUAUCGGCCGGCCGCAGAGUUUGAUGAUGCCACCCUGGCCCAAAAGAGAGAGUACUGGAGGACCAAGAAGCGAGAGCAGAGAGCCAAACUAUCGGAGAGGAGAGGGAAACCAAUCAGCAAUACGUUGAAUUCCAAUGCGUCCCACACCAGAGUAGUCGCUGGACCCCCUUUGUUGAACAGUGAUGGCUCCUACCAGACAGAGGUAGCCAAUGCAUCUGGCCUUCCAGUCCGGGGAAAGGGGGACGCAGAGCAUACGGACACGGCAUGUCAAAACCAAAAGGAGAGGUGGUUUCAGAGGAUAAAACUAAACAAAGUGUUGCCUCAGUUCCCCGCAUCAAACCCGGGCCCGGACAACCAACCGCCAGGAGCUGCUGUCAACAGACCCGUCAUGUCAGCCAAAUCCAAUGGAGCUCUCCUCAACCAUGCCUCCUCAGUGCCUCAGGUCAGAGUCACCACCCUCCCCUCUGUCUCUGCACCUCGCCAGCUGCAGGGUGGAACCAGAACCCUCAACGGCAGCUCUCCUGGGGGAUCAACCCAGCAGAACCUGGCAACCCGGGGUGCAUCAGGGCCAAAUGUGUUGAACAAGAAUCCAGCUACAGUGCACAUUCAGCCCAGACUGUUAAAGGCCAACGUUACAACAGGAACGAACAUGGGAACCUCUCAUUUUGCCUCCGUCCUCAUGAACAGACCAGUGGAACGGGGGGCAAACGCAACACAGCUGGUUGGCAAAAAGACCAUCUUGGGUGUGGCCUUCAGGGACAAAGGCAUGAGUGAGAAGACGGAGGAGGAGAGAGCCGCCAAGCGGAGAGAGCAGUGGCGUAUCAAGAAGAGAGAGCAGAGGGCCAAGCAGGCAGCUAAAGUAGCCACGGCCAGGGAGAAGACACCGAACGUGGUGCCGCAAAAAGCAAGACAGUUUGUGAAGGUGGUUCUCGAGCGUCCCUCGACGGUUUUGAACAGAGAAGGUCAAUGGCAGUGUUUUGGCAGAGCAAGGACUCCCCUCACGACAGCUGGACGCUUGCUGAAGAACGCCAAAGCGGUGGCUGCGUCCAACGCUGUGCCCCGACAUGCUAGUGUCACGAUUAAAAAAGAGGCUAGUGAUUUACCCUCCGGUCUGGCUAAGAUAACCACAACAACCAACAAUGUGAACCGACAGUCAGUUCAAGUUAAAGUAAAAACCCCCCCGGAAGUGCAGACAACUGCGCACACAGCCGCCUCUGCUUCUACUGGCCACAAUAGAGCAGGUGGAGAUCCCAGCAGGAGACUCGGUGGGCACGUGACGUUCUCCCACAUCAACCGAGGGAUGGUCCGUUCUCGGACGCCGAGACAGAGGUUCAUCGAAAUCCAAAGGACUUUUCUUGGUCAGAGGAACAUAAAGGCGAGGUCCCCGUCCCUCUCCACAGCCUUCAUCCCCAGCAGGCCCCCCAGGGAGGACCCAUUUGAGACCCCCGAGCAGAAGGCGGCCAGGAGACGGGAAUACUGGCGCGUCAAAAAGCGCGAGCAGAGAGCGAAGCUGACGGUGGAGGUGAAAGCCAAGAUGAAGGAGAAAGACGCGCUCACGAGGAGAGUGAAACGCUACCAGAGCAUCCUGCAGGACAUGAGGAAGGCUCGAGCCGCCGGCUGCUACUCUCUGUCGCAGCCAAUAGGAAGCAGCCAUGCCAGCGCCUCGGAGACGAUCGGAGGGUUCAUCAAAGAGGACGGCACCGUGACGAUUCCACACAUGACUCUUAAAACAUCGGAGAAACCCGAGGGAGGGGAAAGCCAGAAUGCUUCAAGAAAUGUGCCGUUGGGAAGUCAGAUGCGGGCCCACCCACCACCCCCUCCGCUCCGCCCUGCUCAGGUGAAAGUCUCCUGUCCUCCCCUCGGCCUGUCGGUCACCAAGCCUCCCAGGCUUCUCUCCAUCAGACCGAGGACGGACCUCCAAACCCCCGUGAAGAAUCCCACCGGCACGCACACAUUCGUCGUUCAGCCGACCACUCAGAUCACGCUCAGCCACCCACAAAAUGUCCUGAACGCUUUUCCCACCGUGUCUCUGAUGGGGGCCAAGCCGGCUAGCUGCGUCAUGCAGAUGGCAGUCACGAGCUCCAGACCGAUAGCAGCGCCGCCUAAUCCGGGGCCAGAGCUGAGUGAGGAAGAGAGGAUGGCAAAGAAGCGAGAGUACUGGAGGGUGAAGAAACGAGAGCAGCGGGCCGCUCGCGCCGCCAGGCUAAAGCAGGGGCUGGGACACGGGAGGGCUAGCAUAACGUUGCAGAGGAGACGCAACCAAAGGCCCAAGCCUGUGAGACGUAUUGCGGUGACCAACACCAAAUUAAAUAUCCAGUCUCCUGCCAAUACCAGUUCAUCUACCCCCACAAAGAAAACGACGAUAAAGCAAGAAAUGAUUUCCGGAAAUGAUCCAAUUCUUAAAUCCGAGCAAACUGCUUCUGUAGAUGUCAAACCUCCGCCUUCAUCUCUUCUGCCAACUCAGGAGGCUCAGCCAGAGUCUGACCCAGCCUUAAGUGCCGACAGCCAAGCUACAACCCUCCUAGCUGUGGCAUCCAUGAAGAAGCUCCUGGAAGAAUCCCUCAGCAAUGUGACCGAGUCUAAAAGUCAACAGACGGAUGAACUUAACAAGCCACUUCCUUGUAAAACGGAACCACAGACUUACAUAACAGAAGACGGUUCCGAGCUGGAGAUGAAGCCACGUAUACCUCUGCUGUCCCUGGGAGAUGAGGAGGAGGAGGAGAAGGGAUCCACAGCUGGUGAUCUUGCCCUUGGAGACAAAUGUUGCCAGGCGAACCCUGUAACCCCUCCGUCCUGCCAGGCAAACACCAGUCCACCAAACCCUGAUGUGAAGGUCUCCCCCUCGUCCAGAGAUCCCCAUCCUCUCAACCCCUCCUGCACAGAGACUUCUUCCCUCUGCAUCCCGCCCAACACUCUCCCAUCGCGUGAGGCACUCCCUCACGCAGCGACCUGUACCUCCGGCAACCCACAGCCACCCUUCCCUCGAAGGGCCCAAAGACUACGGGACAAAAAAGCCGGCCAGCACCAUUGCUGCUCACCCGAUCCCUCGGAACCCCCCAAGCUGCACCACCCUCCUCUACUCCAAGAACAACACACAAGUAAACAAGAGCAUGGCGGUAAACAGCAGUCACCAUUGUCUGUGCCCGAGCAGAGCUCGAGCCUUCAGAAGAAGAGAGAGUACUGGAGGCUGAUGAAGAGGCAGCAGAGGGCCAGGUCCAAGGCCCGGCAGAGAGAAGGUUUCAAGCAGGGAGACUACAGCAGACGACUGGCCCUGAAGGCAGCACAGACUCCUAAUGCCCUCAUGAUCAAGAAUUCAAAGCCAGUACAGAAAGUCCUUCAAGCCCCACUAACCCUCAGAGCCAAUGCCUCCCCCAUCUUGCAGCCCAUAUCGUCCCCUGUUUCUGGAGCUCACGCCAGCCUAACCGCUGUCACCAACAUCCCUACUCUCCUGGUAGUCAGCCCCACAGUGGCCAACGCUGGACAGCCACCUGAUACACUGCAGGUCAAACCUCCCAUUGUGUCAAGUCCACCUCAACAGGUUCAUGUCAAAAUAGGAACCUUACAGGCAUCUCCUAGUUUGAGCCCUGUUUCACUUCCUGUAGGCGCCAGGGUCGCUGUCUCUCCAUUGCGUGAGAGAAAAGACGGCAUGUUAAUAUUGGUGGAGAACAAACAGGAAGCAGCUCCGGGUUCCAACUCCGAGUCGCCGCACGUCCGAAAAUGGAGCCUGCAAGUGCAGGACGUCGCCAACCCCGAUAUCCCAACCCUCACCCCUCCCGCCAACCCUCUCGCCAGCAUCAAGCUGCUGCCCAUUGAGCCACGCCCCUCUUUCAAACUCGCUGUUACAUCCACACCCGCUCCAGUCAAGUCCCCCUGUGCGCUAAAUCCCCAAAGUGGGAAAACGCACUCUCCCGCCAUGUCGUGGCUCCCCAUUACCACCAUGGGUCCCCCCAAGCCGAUGCCUGGGGAGUCGGAGGAGGAGACACUGAGGAGGAAGAGGGAGUACUGGAGGGUGAAGAAGAAGGAGCAAAGAGCCCGCAAGGCCAUGAGGGACAGGGAGCUAUCCCAGAAGAGGGCUUCCACUAACUGGAAGACUCUUCUGCCCGCUCAGGACCAGCUGGAGACACAGGAACAAUAUUCCAGCCAGUGGAUCAAUACUUCAGAAGAGAGUGACUUCAUUCUGAGUACCUCCACUGAAACAGACUUGGACUACUUUACUAACUUGGACCACACAGCACCCAUUGAAGAUGAAGCAGACGUCUUCUUUCCCGACGACGAAGACAACAUGGACGACUGUGAGAUCUCCGAGGGCGUGUGGAGGCACCGCUACCUCAUGGACCACGAUCCCCUUAACCAGCUGCUGGUGUGCAUGGUGUGCGGAGACCUCCAGUACUCCCACAGCGUGGAGGGGGUCACGGCCCACAUCGAGGAGGCCCACCCAGAGACGCUGGGCCUGGGGGUUCCGGAGCGGAGGGGCAUCCUGGAGGCCUGGGACGAGCAGGUGUCCCGCAGGGAGCGCUUCUUCACCAGCCAGCUGCAGCAGCACGGAGCCCCCGUGGAAGGAGACAGUACAAACCUGCCAGUAGAAACUGAAGUAAUGGACCCAGACACCAAAGCUACCAGGAGGCAAUGAAAGCAAAGCACAAAUGACUAAAGGACAGUCAGACAGCAUUCACCAACCAAGGAGACGGGAUGAGAAAGAGGAACAGAAAACAUGAAUGCUUUUGUUUUUUAAUUUUUAAUGUUCACCCCCAAGGGGUUAGCUUGAAACUGUUGGGAACGCAAAACCACGAGACAAGUUUUACCUCAUUCUUUGACUGAUAAACACAUGCUCGCACAAACACACACACAAUAAGUACACAAACAAUAUAUUCUGGUGUACACCUCCUGUACUCUUUCAGGAUCACACUUAGGGGCAAAUAGCUGACCUGGAAAUCUGCCUUCUGUGCUUAGCAGUUGCAUCUUGUUAUUGCUGGGUUUUGUCUUAGAAAUGGACUGGUAUACUACAACAGAUCUUCAUUUGUUUCUUCCUUACUAAAUACUUAAUAUAGUUUCAUUUUAUUGAACAUGUGUAUUUAACAUUUCUGACUAGAUAUAUUUGACUUUGUACAAAGUUUUUACUGCAAGAAUUGCUUGUCUGGUCUAAGACCUUCCUUUUAGCCCCUAACAUUGGGGUUCUUGCAUGAGGGUAUUUUAUGUGAAUAAUAACGUCCUUUUUUUGGCCAAUAAUGUGCCACACUGUACCCACAACACUGAAUCUUCAACAAACUUUUUGUAUACUCUACACUUUAUACUGUAAUGAUUAUUAAGGGUUAGGGUUACAAGAACCCUCAUGGACACAUUCUAUUAUUUUUGUAAUUGUGAUUUCAUUGGAAUGAUUAGAAAACUGUACUGUAUGUCUGCACUGUAAAUAUUACACCAAAUAUUAAGUUAUGUUAAAAAUGCCAAUACCCUUUCAACAUAUUAUUUGAUUGUCUAAGACAAUAAGCCUAUCAAGCUAUGAUAUUGUUCCUUCUUACGGUUUUAUACUUCCCAUAUUUUCUGUGUACACAAUCGCUUCAAAUGUCUGUCUAAACAAUCAGUCUGUGGAACUGUUUUACGGUUUGUAACAGUCAUGUUUUUUCCUAUACCUUAUGAAGCAAUCAGAUGCUACAGAUCUGAAUAUUUUCUGUCAAAAUACCAGAUCCAAAGGCCUGCUAGUAUAGGAGCGAGUCUACUCGUAUAAGAGCGAGUGACAGAGGAACGGAACACAUUCCUAGUUUUGUUUUUGUAACCCCCCCAUGAAAAAGAUCCUGUCCAAUUUAGCACAAAACUCAACUGUGCCUGUAGGGGCUAAGAAAUGCAUUUUCAACAGAAUGUAUGUUAUUUAAACCAUAUCAUGUAUAGCCAUUGUUAACUGUAAGUGAUCUGACAAAUGUGUUUUUGAGAAUGUCUUCUUGAAUCAAUUCAUCGGUCAUCUGUUUAAAAAUGGAAUGUUCCUUUUGCCUUUUCGGUACUAUUAAAACCUUUUUGUACCUGAAAA